AUGUCUGAUACAGAAGAUGUGAUGGAUGAGGGGGUUCAGUUUCUAUCAAAUAUCCAAGCACCAAAGAUUCCAGAGGGAGAUAAAGUAGAUUUUGAUGACAUCCACCGUAAGCGUCAAGAGAAAGAUUUAUCUGAGCUGCAGUCUCUUAUUGAAGCGCACUUCAUCCAGAGGCAGAAAGAUGAGGAGGAACUUAUCGCUCUGGUCAACAGAAUUGAGAACAGGCGUGCCGAGAGAGCCGAUCAGCAGAGAGUACGAGCCGAGAGAGAGAAAGAGCGUCAGGCCAGACUUGCCGAAGAGCGAGAGAGAAAGGAACAGGAAGAGCAAAGAAAGAAACAUGAUGAAGAUGCCAAGAAGAAGAAAGCUCUCACUAACAUGACCCAUCAGUAUGGCGGCAUACAACAAAAGAGUGAAGGACGCAAAGGUGCCAAGAAACAGACAGAAAGGGAGAAAAAGAAGAAGAUCCUGGCUGAUCGACGAAAACCACUUAACACUGACCAUUUGAGUGAGGACAAACUCAAGGAAAAAGCCAACGAGUUGUGGCAGUGGCUGAUGGAGCUGGAGGCAGAAAAAUAUGAUCUGAAUGAGAAAUUUAAACGGCAGAAAUAUGAUAUUAAUCAGCUCCUUUCUCGGGUCCAGGAUCACCAGAGUGCCAAGGGACGUGGCAAAGGCAAGAUGGGAGGCAGGCUGAGAUAA